GUAUACAUAAACAGUAUUCGCUUUCUCGUACAACAGGAAAGAACGAGACACACUUCCUACUGUGGUAAAAAAUGUUUCGAGUAACACGUCUGUGGUGCUCCACCGCACUGCACAACAGCACCCCCUUUGUGGAUGGGGCGUUACAGCUGGUGAAGCUGCACCUUGCACACCGCAACGCCCGCGAGGACAACAAUAAAGAAGCCUGCCAAGCCAUUGAGCGAGAGUUUUUGCGAGAGGUGGAGGUGUUCCGCCCGUGCUUUACGAUGUCCGCCUCCCUUGAAGUGGCGCAGCAGUACUCCAAGAAGCUGUACAGCGCACUGAAGUACUUUGGCAUGGACGAUGAUCCCCUCAUCCGGCAGCUUGACAGCUUAUUAGGACGUAGGGAGAUGCAAGAUGGUCGACGCAGGCAGCAGCAACGGAGUUUCUUCAAAGCAGCCGGCGGCGCGUCUCUAGGGCAGUCGUCGGCAGGCUCUUUGUCCACACUCGCCGAGCUUGUGGAGACAACGCUACCCACUGAACUGCCACACGCACCGAGGGUCGACCUGACGUCCCCGCGACGUCCAGGCGCGGUGCAGAUUCAGCACCGGUACCGCGGCCACUGGGUGUUGCAAGAACCCGACAUCGCGAUUACCCGCGAUGAACGAAAAGAAGAUCCGUGGUAA